GUUGACGUUUGUUUGUCGUCUUCUUUCGUGAUUCGUGUGCGCUGUUUUCGGAAAUAAAUUCGAAUUUAUCAAAAUCAUUGCUUUUACGCAUUUUACACGAUCUGAUUAAUAGCAAUAUCUUAUCUUUAAUAAUAAAACGAAUACAUUUGUGCCGGUGCGUCUUGUAAUACCGAUUUGAAUAGAUCAACAGUAAAUCCAAUAAGUGUUUUCCAAUUUAUAAAUCUUCCAUUGUUCCUCCUACAAGAAACUGGAUUUAGUAUUAUUAUUAAUCCAGACUCGUUAGAAGACUCUAGAUCAAAAUGCCUAUCCUGUUUAGUGUCGUGGCUCGUAGCACAAUAGUUCUGGCCAAGUAUGCGACCUGUGCUGGUAACUUUUCCGAAGUUACAGAACAAAUCCUAUCGAAGAUUCCUCCGCACGACGACAAACUUACGUAUUCUCAUGGAAAUUAUCUGUUCCACUACAUUUCCGAAAACCAGUUGACAUAUUUCUGCAUUACUGACGAUAAAUUCCAGCGGUCAAGGGCCUUCCUCUUCCUCAAUGAAAUCAAGAGGAGGUUCACGUUGGCCUUCGGGGACACGGCACAGACUGCCAUCCCAUAUGCCAUGAACAGCGAGUUUGCACGGGUCCUCGCUACCGAGAUGAAGCAUUAUAGUGAAUCCCGGGACCUGGAUACCAUAUCUAGAGUUCACGGGGAACUUGAUGAACUCAAGAAUAUCAUGGUCAAAAAUAUAGAUAACAUGGCGAUGCGCGGCGAAAAACUGGAACUACUGGUCAAUAAGGCUGAUAAUCUAGCAACUGGCUCAGUAUCCUACCGCGGCACGGCGCGCACGCUGCAGCGCUCUCUCUUCUGGAAGAACAUCAAGAUGUAUGUGAUCCUGGUACUCAUUGCGGCUCUAGCCAUCUACCUCAUCGGCGCCAUGUCCUGUGGAGGCCUCGCCUGGAAGUCCUGCGUCGGUUAGAAUGUAGAUAUGUUUGGUAUUAAUUGUAUUUUAGAGUUUAAGCCUCAGUUUCACCAUACUCUGUUAGGGUGCUUGCAUAG